AUGCCUCAUGACCACACAGAUCAAAUUUUUGAUGAUGUAAAUCCAGGGUCUGAUACAGACUCUUCAGACGAGAACAUGGAGAACCUGGUGGAGCAAUCCAAUGAAUAUGACCAUGGACAGGAUGAAGACUGGGAAACAGUUGUGUAUGACGGACCUGCAAUCCAGAAUUGUGGUAUCAAGGAAGGUUUGGUGGCACUUCAUCAGCAAAUGAAUGGCUGGUUCCCAUUUGAAAAAUUGGAGAAUGUCAUAGGAACAAUGUGUUACGGUUCCCCACGCAACCAGCUAUCACAAACUCAAUACCAGACAGUACACAGUGCAGUGGGCACCGUAACACAUUGUUCCUAUGACAUUCUAAGUAAUGAAAAAAUUAUACCAGCACUAUUAUAA